AUGUUAAUAGGGAGAAAAUUAAUUGUACUAUGGGUUGGACUCCUGGCGUCUAGUUACGGGAAUGACUCUGACGGUGCAUUUUAUACAGACGAUGCGGUUAUUUUAAAUGCUUACGUGGGAAGAGUCAAGCGAGAUAUUUCUAACGCAACGCGCGAAGGAAAACAAUUCCUACUUCUGAAACUUCAAGAGCAGACUGAAGGAUCUUUUGGAACUUAUUGCGAAACAACACUUGGCAAGAAGGGAACAUGCAAGACCUUCCGGGAUUGUUACCCUUUGUUCAAAGUGGCCGACUUUUCCGGCUCGGAUGGAUGGGCGAUGGGGCACUACGAUACUUGCAGCUAUAUCAACGGCGAUAAUAUGGAGGUGUUUGGGGUUUGCUGUACGCAACCAGUGGGUACACCACCACAGCAAGAACCUGACGUCCAACGCUUUGGUUUUCCCCUACAACCAGCCUUUCCUGUCAAAAUUCCACCAGCAUCAAUGCCAGGACUUUCAAGUGGUUUAAUGUCAGCCCUUUCUCGUUGGUACGGAGGAGACAGCAAUAUUCGUCAAAUUCCUGCGCAAUGGCCUCCACCAAUUCCGACUCAUCCUCCAAAUCACACUGCGGCAACACAUCCACCAAACUUGGUUGCAGGCGUAACCACAAGACCAACGAGCGCUUACCCCACAACCACAACUUGGGCCACAAAACCACAAAGUACAACCAAACAGACAUGGCCUUCAUAUCCUGCACUCCCGACGCGUCCUACGCGACCAGGCACACCUGCGCAGCCUAUACAACCAACACAACCGGCCGUUGAUGGUUCAUGUGGAAUAAAGAAUGGACCACAGACUUAUGAAAGCACCUACGACAUUCAAGAUGAAGAACGCAUAGUGGGAGGUCAUAACGCACAACAAAAUGAGUGGCCGUGGAUCGUAGCGUUAUUCAAUGCUGGACGUCAAUUUUGUGGAGGUUCUCUCAUGGACGAUACGCAUGUCCUCUCGGCAGCACAUUGUGUAGCUCACAUGACAUCAUGGGAUGUGGCGCGUCUGACAGCUAAAUUGGGAGACCAUAACAUUAAAACGAAUGCAGAAACUCAACACAUUGAGAGGAAAAUCAAGAGAGUAGUUAGGCACAGAGGAUUUGAUAUGCGGACUCUGUACAAUGAUGUUGCGGUUCUUACACUUGAUCAACCAGUGACAUUUACGAAGAACGUUCGCCCUAUUUGUUUACCUGUCGGUGGACGGUCUACAUACCAGGGCAACAUAGGAACGGUCAUCGGAUGGGGAAGCUUGAGAGAGAGUGGACCUCAGCCAUCGGUCCUUCAAGAAGUGUCAAUUCCGAUUUGGUCGAACUACGAGUGCAAAUUGAAAUAUGGAAAUGCUGCCCCCGGAGGUAUCGUAGACCAUAUGCUUUGCGCUGGCAAGGCAAGCAUGGACUCAUGCAGUGGCGACAGCGGUGGACCACUGAUGGUGAAUGAAAAUGGCCGCUGGACACAAGUGGGGAUUGUAUCGUGGGGUAUCGGAUGCGGCAAGGGCCAAUACCCCGGUGUUUACACCCGCGUCACUUACUUCAUGCCUUGGAUUACAAAGAAUUCCAAGUAG